AUGCGAAAUUCCAAUCCCUGUUUCAAUGGGCUCGAGAUAUCUUCUCUAGCAGACCUAGUAGUGCACAGAUCGAGCUGCAUGAGUGUUGCCCAGCAGUCGUUGACGUCCCGUAUGCUAAGGGCAAACGCGAACGCGUGUGCAAGAGAGAAACGGAGACCAGCUUUGAAAAUUGCCACUGCAAGUAGUUCACGCCCUCCCAAUACCAAUGCCACACAGCAAUCUAGCGGUGCAGCUCAGGCUCAGUCAUCUUCGCAACCACAGGCGGCUACUUCCAUCUCCACCGCACCUCCCGUCGUUGCCAAUGCAACUUCCGGCACUAAUCCGCAUAUAAUACUGAGACACGCUGGGCGCUGGACUCGGUUUUGGCUCUUUAUCUGUUGUGCUUAUUCUGAGUAUACCGACGGUACAGGAAGCAAGGCUCGUCGACUGCGUCAUAUAGUCGGUAGCAGUAAGAUACAGAAUGAGCACAUGAGGGAGAAAGCCAAAAGAAAACGCUUCGAUACAAGUGGCAUUCUCGAUGUCGAUGAUGUCACACCAAGAGACCAUGCUGUUUAA